UUUCCCCAUCUGUAAUACAGCAGUGAUAAGUUUCAACACUUUGAAGUAGCAACACUUUGAAAAGCAAUUUAUAGUUUUUCACGAAAGGCGCUAUGGAAGUGCACGGUAUAAUAUAUUGUAACCUCAAACUUUUGCUUUCACAUGUGGCACGUGCUCAAGGCUCUGAAAUGUUUGUACAGUUCCAGGGGCAGCUUCAUAACCAAUAGCCUACUGACUGAGCUCUAUCUCUUCAUCUCUGUUGCAAACACAGACUGUUGUGGGUUUUUUUUCUAUUCUCCACUAAGCAUGGUUACAAAUGAUGCUUUGAAGUCCAGCAUUUGCAGAAGAAUUGAAGAGCAGUCUUGGACAGCAGCUGUCGCCCGAUCGUUACAUCUUGUGUGGCCAGCAGUAAAGGGACUACUAAUGUUAGGCAUGUCUUGUCUCAUUGCUGCGCUCUGGUAUUGCAGAAGACUCUACACAUACUUAGCACAGCUGUUGAAAUGGUGGAGUAGAUAUCUGCAGAAAAAAUUCAUAAAGAACCUCAGCGUAAUGGCAGAAGUUGAUCUACUUGGUUAUUGUGCAAGAGAAUGGAAGGGAGAAACAAAGCAAGCCAUACAGAUGAGGAAGGUUUAUGAAGAGCUAUUUUGGAGACAUCAUAUUAAAUAUAUACGACAAGUCAGAGGAGAUCACUACUGUGCAUUAAGAGCUGUUCUCUUUUGGGUAUUCAGCCAGGGCAUUUCUUUUCCCUCAUGGAUGAAGGAGAGAGACAUUUUGAAGCUCCCUGAAAAGCUUCUAUAUUCACAAGGUUGCAACUGGAUUCAGCAAUAUAGCUUUGGACCAGAAAGAUAUACAGGAUCCAAUGUAUUUGGAAAGUUGCGCAAAUGUAUUGAAACAUUAAAGGCAAAUUGGACUGAAAUAAGUGGAGUGAAGGACAAGGAUGAAAGAGGAAACAUGUGUAAUAUCCUUUUCUCUGAUGAGAGCAAGGAGUACAAGCUAUAUGAGGCUAUAAAAUUCAUCAUGCUUUACCAAGUCAUAGAAGCUUAUGAACAGAUGAAGAAUGGUCAGGGACAUGUACCCAGGCUUUUUAGCCUCCUAUUUGCUCGUGAUACCUCAUCUGACCCUUUGAGUUUCAUGAUGAAUCAUUUGAAUCCAUUGGGAGACACUGGUGGACUACAGCAGGUGGAAAUGAUUCUUCUGGGAUAUUUACUUGAAGUAAAGAUAAGAGUUUACAGACUGUGUAAGUUUAAUACAGAAGAGUUUCAAGUAAACUAUCCAGAGGAGUAUCACAGGGAAUGGCAUGAGAUCUAUCUUCUGACUGAAGACGACCAUCACUAUCACAUACCUAUUAUCAGUAUAUAAGACUGUUUUUUAACUGUAUACAGUUCAAGGUAAAUUUAUCCCGGUAAAUUUAUCUUCUUGAAAUUAAUCCCUUUGAUUGAAACAGUGAGAUUUUUUUAAAGUCUGUGAAAAAUAAGAUUGACUAUGUGUUAACAUAAACUUUUAUAUAAUAUCUUACUUUCCCAUACCAACCACAUUUCAGCAGUCUGGAUUUAAAAAGCACAAAACACAAAGCCACGCUGACUUCUGAAAGAGUUAAAUUAAAUUGUGUCACCUGUGGAGGGUCUGGUGGAGAAUAUUAUUACUAGAUAGCACAUAGUCACUACUUCAAUUAAAACCUUUAGAAGUAUUUGUGCAUAAAUCAACACAAUUCCAAAUGUUACCUACUUUGUGGUUGAGAAGAGUGCUUCCAGUAACAGAACUGAAGCAGAUGUGACCAACACAGCAGCCUAGGCAUUGCCUGUGUUAGGGGUGGGAGGAGUGUAAAAAAAAAAAAAAAAAAAAAAAAAAAAAAAAAAAAAAAAAAAAAAAAA